GUCAGAGGUCAGCAAAAAUGGUGUAAGAUGCCGGUUGAUGUCAGUUGUACUUUCACGAGUAUGUGGGCGGAUUUUGUUGGAUUGCUUUCCUCGUUAACAACGGGUGCGUUACCAGCAGGUUUCCCUUUUUCAUCGCGAUUCUUCGUUAAUCUCUUCCCCAGCCAGUGACAGUGCCAAUGACCUUGUGACAGCAUCCUGUUUGUAUCUUGUGACUGUAAUCUAGACUCGUAAAAUGAAAUGCCAAUGGAGUUAUUGGCCCAUCAUCAAAUUUCUAGUACCUUUGGCGCUGACCAUUGUUGUACAAGACUCGGCAGAACAGGCCCUGAAUCGUGGUAUGACAUCAGCAACUAACUCAACACAAGUUCUUGCUAGCUUUGGUAUCGGCUAUAAUUUAAUCAAGUUUGCUACAGGCCCGCUUAUGGAAAUAAAACACAGUGGUCUAGUUCAAGUACAUAGUAUCGCUGACAGUAUUCAAGUCGUAUUCUGUGUUGCUGGAUUUGCCGGCUUUAUUGGCGCUUUUGCAGUAUUAAUCAAUUUCACCAAGCUGGGUUACUAUGUAGUUGAUCAACUCUACAGUGUGGAUGUUGUUGUGUCAUCGAUGACAAAACAGUGUAUAUUCUACCUUGGCUUAUACCCACUAAUAGAUGGCACUUCUUGGAUCUACAGUGGUAUCCUAUUACAAUAUAAAUACAGUGUUAUAGUCGGUGGUGCAUCGCUUGCAGAUAUAUUCAUGCAGAUUGGUGUUAUUGCAGCAUUAUUACAAAUUCCAAAGGCCAGUCUAGAGUCAAUAAUUGUACCAAUUAUAGCCUUAUACGUAGGAUGUAUAGUCAGAUUUACAAUUGUUAUGACUGGCUACUUUGUAUGUGUACACAGAAAAAUGAAAGCACUGCCAUUGGGUGAUCCAAAGGAUCGUUUGACUGCUUUAAAGGUGAUAUGGUUCUGGUGGCCUUUGGGAUUAGUUCAGGCGAUACAACGCAUCAGUCGACCAAUUGUUAAUGUAUUUGUGGCUAGAGAUUUAAAAGGAACUGACCAGGCAACCAUUGCCUUGGCAGUUUUAACAGUCACUUACCCUGUUGGGAGAGUGCCAUGGGGAUGGCUGAAUGAACUGAAAGCAAUAGCACCUGCUUUUAGCAAGGAGGCAUUAAUGGUUGAUGGACCAAGUAAUCGUGUCACGCCAAAACGCAUACGAAUACAUAAUAUUGGUGCUUUGUCAUUCUCAGUAUUGAUUAUGUUAAUAAUUUUUUGGAUUCCUGGAAUUAUAGUAACAUUCUUGAUAUCAGUCAUUGGAGUAGAAGAUUGGAUGGCUGAUCUCUGCAUUUGGCCGUUACGUAUAUUUACAUUUUUUGCGUUCCCAGUUGCAACAAGAGCUCAUCUUACAUCGUGGUUACUGGUUUACAAAGAAACUAGAAUUGUUGCUCCAAGUGCAUUGGUCAGAUUGAUUUGCUUAAUUGUUGCACUCUUAGUGUUGCCAUUGUGUGGUGUACAUGGAGCGUCUCAUGGUAUUGGUGCCUUACUGGCUAGUUUCUGUGGAGAAGCUAUCACUGUGGCUUGUGGGUCAGCAUGCUAUCAUUUCCGAUUG